AUGACAAAACCUUCCAGUAGAUCGAAACGCAGCCGAACAACAACAUUAGCAAGCGCGCAGCACACUAACAUCUUCACUGGAAUCAUUUUUUGUGGAAAAUUCAAAGGCAGACAAGAAAGGCGGUCACAUGUGCACGUGAGGAAGAUGGUCACACGUGCGUGGAGUGAGAAGAGCAGCGCGGAUGAAAAGGAUGAAGAUAGUGACGCGAGGAGAGUACAGGAUGAUGAGGAUGACGAUGUUCAGGAACGAAGAGUGGCACCGGGUUAUUUAAAGAGUUCACUGGCUACCCAUGCUCCCAUCCUUUUCAAUCCCCUUAAUCUCACUGAAGGGACCAGAGACAACCAGAUGAAGGUUUCUGUUGCAGCCAGUUCAAUGGCAACAAAAAGUUCACUUGGCGGUAACAACAAACAGUUUGCCGGUUCUAAUUUGCUAAUAAGCAGCAAUCACAACAUCAGCCACAACAUUAAUUACAACAUCAACUCUUUCAACAAAAACAACAACAGCAACAAUUUUUUCACUCAGCAAAACACUUCCUUUGCAUUUUAUUCUCUCUUCAAUCAGCAUUUAAUCAAGCAGCAAAUGCAGCAGCAGCAACGACUUCAACAGCAAAUUAUUUCCGAUCCCAGCAACAACAACAACAACAACAACAUUGUUUCAAAAAGCGGCAACAAUUUCGUUGGCAACGACGUUAAUAGCAUCGUCAAUACCAGUGAUAUCAGUGACAGCAACAACACCACCUUCAACAACAUCAAUGACAUCAACAAUAACAUUAGCAUCAACAACAACAGUAUCAACAACCACAUGCAACUGAGCCACAGUUAUAACUGCCUGGCCAAACAACUGCACGACACUGAACGUCACGUCAUACAACUGAGGAAAGGACUGCUUAAAUAUCUCUCCUUACUUGUCUUGACGCCGAUUUAA